AUGGCUCGCCAUCUCUCUCCAGAAGAAGACACUCCACGAGACGAGAUUAGAAAGAGGGAGAAGGCUUGCCAAGAUGGAUUUGCAGCAAGACAAAAAAUAAAAAAUCAAAGAACAGUACUGAAACACAAAAACACAAACCGAGACUUCAUUUUGGCCAAAUCAAAAAUCAAAGAACCUGAGUACAAACUCAUCCCACAUCGGGAGUCUGAUGGAAGUUGGAAGGUAUAUAUAAUUCCUGUCAAAAACAGAUCCUGCAGGCUUGAUCCCCAAAGUGGAGGAUUUCCUCAUUCAACACCUCAUAAAUCCUCAACGCCACAAAUUGUGAAUUCACCAAAUAAGAAUUGGCAGAAGAUUGUUAGUAAUGCUCGAGCAUGCCUAGUUAGCGGAAGGGUGUACCGUUACAUAGAUCCGGAGAAGAAAACAGGCAUCAUCUUCAAUAUAUUCGCCUUUGGCUACGGACAUGGCCUAAUGAACGAAUGGUAUGCAGCAUCUGAGGUGGUUGAUGGUGGGAGAAAGGGAUGGAGAAUACUGUUCUUUGUUUUGAAAUUUAGGCAAAGCCGCAAAGGCUGGUUUUAGUCUUUUAAAUGUUAGUCCAAUUCGAGUUGGCUAACGAUAAAGUGUGGUUGUAUUCUUCAUAUAUAUU